AUGGUGGGAAAUGCUUUAUUGGUUUAUAAAAGCUGCUGGUGGCCGGAGCUUUUGCCCUCGCCACGCAAACGCGAUCCGGUGGCACAGACGGCUACUCUCACGAGCCUCGCGUUUUUCAUCAGCUCCGGCCUGGGUCCGGUCACCUGCGUCUCCGGCGCGCCCUCCUACAGCAUGCACACCACCUACACGGGAGCGUACGUCGACAUGGAGCCCUGGCUCCAGCCCUGCGGCACCCCCGUUGCCGCGGCCCUCCGGAAGUUUCCGCAGCGGCACAGCGUCCACAGGGCACUCAAGCGAGUCAAGACGCAGCUCAGGGUCGCCCAGAACCACUUUCGCAAGGAUCUCAAGGACAUACACGAAAUUUACUCGAAGGUGUAUAAAGUGCUGAAGGAGCAGUACCGGAUGAGCUGGCUGCCGGAGAAGCAGCUCGAAUGGUAUCAUCGCGAGGUCUGGUGCUUGGAGAAGGGCAAGAAAGCGGAACGAGCCCUGCCACGACUCCACGACGCGCUCCAGAGGUUCGCCAUCACCUUCCACCAUUUGCGGGCUUUCAGGCUCAAGUCCAAUAUCAAUGCCGACAUGACAAUGAUCAGGCGAAAUGAGAUUAUCGAUGGCAUGAGCAGCGAGAUAUUGAGGAUGCUCUGCGAGGUGGAAACGGCAAUACUGAACCUGGGCCUCCCAUUACCCAUAAGUCACAAAUCCGUAAUCGUGACCGAAAGCUCGAACUGGGCACGCGAGGGCGACCUCACCCUCAUGCUAAUCCAGGAUUCCGGAGUGUUGCGUCUCUACCAGGCAUUUCUUAACGACUGGAUACGAGCGUUACGUAACGCCACUGCGACUGGACCUGGAACCUGCGAUCCCGCGAUGCUUCGGCCACUGAUGAGCUACUUCAAGCCGAAGAAGUUGAGCAAAUCGACGCAGAACGCGAAACGUCUCAAGAUAAAACUGUCACAAGGGGCGAGGAAGCACCAACCGAAGCACCAGCAACGGAAGCAGAACCAGCAACGCCGGGCGUUCGCGCAGAAUGCCAGGAGACUAUCAAGGAAGAAGAUUAUUAGAAAGAAACAGAAGAAAGUCUUCUGAAGGUCUUGUGAGGCGUAAGGAGCGAAGCUUCGUCGAGCUUGAUGCGCUGAUGAGAUCACCAACGCCGAAUAAUCGGUGCACGCUGAUUGACACCCGACAAAAACACUAUAAACGCAAUGAAAUUGUCCAAAAAGUUCGCUCCUCGUCUGACUGAUUGCAUUUUUAUUUGCCACAUCAAACUCAAUUAUUACGCGCGUCGUCAUCGUCGUCGUCGUCGUCGU